GAAGGUGAUGCUAUCAAAGUUUACGUAAGGGUACGUCCCCCUUCAGAGGGAACUGCGUUACCCGAUGGGGAUCAAGGCUUGUGUCUGUCUGUUCUUUCAACAAACACCAUUCGUCUGCAUUCGAAGCCCGAGCCAAAGAUCUUCACUUUUGAUUAUGUUGCAAAUAUGGAAACAACGCAGGAGUCUGUAUUUUCAAGUGUGGCCAAAAGCAUUGUUGAAUCCUGUAUGAAUGGCUACAAUGGAACAAUCUUUGCAUAUGGCCAGACUGGAUCUGGAAAAACUUUUACUAUGAUGGGACCAUCUGAUUCUGAUAAUUUCACUCACAGUCUGAGAGGUGUAAUUCCACGGAGCUUUGAAUACUUAUUUUUUCUAAUUGAACGUGAAAAAGAAAAGGCUGGCAAUGGAAAAAGUUUUCUCUGCAAAUGCUCGUUUAUUGAAAUCUACAAUGAACAGAUAUUUGACUUGCUAGAUUCUGCUUCAGCUGGACUCUUUCUCAGAGAGCACAUCAAGAAAGGAGUCUUUGUUGAUGGUGCUGUUGAACAGGUGCUGUCAUCAGCUGCUGAAGCAUACCAGGUAUUAACUAUGGGCUGGAGAAACCGUCGUGUUGCAUCUACCUCAAUGAACAGAGAAUCCUCGAGAUCGCAUGCAGUCUUCACUAUCACAGUGGAAUCAAUGGAGAAAAACAACGAGAUUGUGAACAUUCGAUCGUCCCUGCUCAACCUGGUAGAUUUGGCAGGAUCUGAGAGACAAAAAGACACCCAUACAGAAGGACUGAGAUUGAAGGAAGCGGGUAAUAUAAAUCGAUCACUAAGUUGCCUGGGCCAAGUAAUCACAGCACUUGUUGAUGUGGGUAAUGGAAAACAGAGACACAUUUGUUACCGGGAUUCCAAGCUCACCUUUCUGCUGCGGGAUUCCCUUGGUGGCAAUGCAAAAACCUGUAUCAUUGCAAAUGUUCAUCCUGGAUCCAGGUGUUUUGGUGAAACACUGUCCACUCUUAAUUUUGCUCAGCGAGCAAAGCUGAUUAAAAACAAGGCUGUAGUAAAUGAAGACACACAAGGAAACGUGAGCCAGCUGCAAGCUGAGGUGAAAAAGUUGAAAGAGCAGCUUGCUCAACUUACUUCAGUGCCAUCAAUAUCUGGAAUCUGUGUAUCUCAAGAGAAGAAAAACCUAAAUUACAUGAACAACUUCCUUGAAGCAAUGUUGUUCUGGGAGAAAUCUGAAGGUGAAAACAAGAUUUUAUUAGAAAAAAUUGCACAACUGGAAGAUCUCUGUGCUAAGAAGGAGAAAUUUAUUCAGUCCAAUAAAAUGAUAGUUAAAUUCCGGGAAGACCAUAUUGCUCGCUUGGAGAGAUUACACGCAGAAGCUGGUGGAAGUUUAUUGCCAAAAGAGCAAGAGGAUUUCCUCAGUGAAUUGCGGAAGGAAGUACAGAUGCUCAGAGAACAGAUGGAACAACACCCACGAAUUGUUAAGUAUGCCAUGGAGAACCAUAACCUCAGAGAGGAGAAUAAAAAACUUCAAUCUUUGCAAUCAGUGAAAAGAGCCCAAGAAAUUGAUGCUCAGACAAUUGCAGAGCUAGAAAAGGCUUUUUUGGAAGCUUCAACCACAGAUAAAAACAGUGGAGGUCAUCAAUUAUACUCCACCAGCUUAUCAGUAGAGGGCAACUCCAUGGCAUCUGUUGAAAGGCUGAAAGUCCGCCUGCUGCAUACCCAAAGUGAACUGGCAAGUUCCAAACAAGAAUAUGAAGAAUUUAAAGAGCUAACCAAGAAAAAGCACAUGGAACUGGAAUCGGAGCUUCAGUCCCUUCGGAAAGCAAACCAACAUCUUGAGAAUAUUCUGGAGGCGACCAAAGCUCACAAGCGGCGAGAAGUCUCUCAAUUACAUAAGCUACAUAGAGAAACUCUUAAGAACAUAACCACUCCAACAAAAGCCUACCAGCUAAGGUCUCGCCUGGUGCCUCGAAUAAGCCCAGAAAUCUUAGAUUAUCAUUCUGAAGAUUUUCAGUGUUCAGGCGAGAUGAUGGAUGACAUUUUUAAAGAGCCAGUUCCCCCAGAGAUGAAUGAACAAGCCUAUGAGGCCAUUGCGGAGGAACUCAAAGUGGCGCAGGAACAACUGAGUACAGUGCAGGCAAAGCUGGAUGAAGAGGAAAGCAAGAAUAUAAAACUUGAGCAGCAGGUUAAUAAGCUAGAGCAUCACUCUGCACAACUACAGGAGCUUUUUUCAUCAGAAAGGAAUGACUGGAAUAAAGAGCGUCAGGAGCUCCUUGAGCAGAUUAAGUUACUUGAAAAGCAAUUCCAAGAUGCUCAAAGCAAGGCUGAUAUAUUAACAAGUGAGGUCCAUGACUUGCGCAUUGUCCUACAGUCUGCAGAUAAGGAGCUGUCUGCUGUAAAACUGGAGUAUAGCACCUUUAGGGAAAAACAAGAGAGGGAAAUGACUCAGCUCUCUGGUAGACAUAUGGACGUACAGUUCCAGCUGGAUAGCGUCAGGCUAGAACACGAGAAGAUUCUUGAGGAAAAAGCAAGCCUGCAGGAUGAUUAUGACAAUUUGCAGGAAGUAACAAAAUUUGAAGUGGACCAACUGAAGCAACAACUCGAGGACAGAAAGCAAGAAGCUGAAGCUAUGAAAACUGAGCUUUGUACACUCUUAAAACUCCUGGAAACAGAAAAAGAACAUAAUCAAAAACUAGCAUUACAACUACAAGAAGACAAGGAAAACAAUUCAAAGGAGCUCUUAAAAGUACUUGAAAAAGCACAAGUGGAGAAACCUUCCUCUGAAAUGGUGACACGAUAUGAGCAGCAGGAAGCAAAGCUGCUGAAAUUGGAACAGAAGGUGGCUGCCGAUAAAGAGAUUAUUGCUUCUUUGAAGAAGACAAAUGAUGCAGAUAAGGAAGUUGUAACUGACUUGAUGAAACAGAUCCAGGAGCUGAGGUCUUCAAUUAAUCAUAAAACUGAGUCCAUAGAUGGGCUGACAAGAGAGCUGGAGGACAUAAAUUGCAAGUAUCAUUCUGUUUUGGCUGCAAAAGAAGAAAGCAAAGCAAUCAUAGAGGAUCAGGAAAAGAAGAUUGAAGAACUGAUGGAAGACUUGGAGAGAAAAAAAAUAGCAGAUAACAUUGAGAGAGACCUUCUGUGUGAAGAUUUGCAUCAUGCCACAGAGCAGCUGAUGAGGCUGACAGAAGCCUCUACGAAACAUAGUGUACUGCUUCAGUGUGCACAGGAAGACAUAACAAAGAAAGAAACCCUAAUCCAGGAACUGAGGGAACAGUUGGAUAAAAGGACAGAAGAACUGGAGAAGAGGAAGAAUGAAUAUGAACUAAAAAUGAAGCAAAUAGAUUGCUUUGUGGACUCAUCUUCAGCAACAUUUCCUCAGUGUCCAAAAACUCCUCCUAAUUUUGAUGUGAAUCUGGCAAAAAUCUUGGAAUCUCAUGAACAAGAAAUAGCUGAUCGGAGGGCUUCUGCAAUUACUCUAGAGCACCUUGUACGUGAACUGAAUGAAGAACGAAGAGCGAAAAAUGAUGAAAUUCUAAGACUUAAGGAACAGUUAAGCGAAUUGGUGAACCUGCAACUGGAAAUGCAGAUACUAACAGAGAACAACAGGAACUUACAGAGUCAACUUGCAGAAGCUCAGAGACAAAGCAAAAACAGUGAUCAGAAACAUCCUGAUGUUCAACAUGCCAAAGAGGAGAAGAUUGCUGAAGAACGACUGGCCAAGAAUAAAGCAAUGGAGGAGAUGCUGAAAAUCAAAGCAGAACUAGAAGAAAUCAAAAAUACCCUCAAAAUCAAAGAGAAUACCUGUCUUGAAAUGACCCUGGAGAUGGAACGAACAAGGGCUUUGGAGCUGAAAGCAUUUCAUGAAAAAGAAGAAAUUAGAUCAAAACUGGAGGAAACAUAUGAAGAGAAAGACAGAAUUGCAAAGGAAAUGAACUUGCUGAGGAAGCAAGUGGAAACUCUUGCUGAGGAGAAUGGGAAAUUGCUUGGUCAUCAAAAUCUAAACCAGAAGAUUCAGUAUCUUGUGAAGCUGAAGAAGGAUUAUGCUAAACUCACUGAGGAGACUGAAAAACUACGUGUUGAAAAUGCUUUCUUGAAAGAAACUAAAAAAUGUGACAUGUGUAGAAGUCAUGAGCAAUUGCAAGGACAGACAUGA